CCCCUCCGCUAUAAAACCUCGUCCGCUCAACUUCUCUCUUCCAAUCGCAGCUCUUGCAUUACAUGGAGAAGAUACAAAAUAAACGUCCGGAGGCGAUACCGGAGUUUUACAGCCACGAAUCGGGAUGGUCUAUACCCCGGCUGUCCUGUUUGGAAAAAAGCUUCCCGUCUUGGGAGAGGAAGAAAGCGUCACGGACAUGAUAGGAACGUACUUUUUUAGGCUCGCGUCGCUGCGUCAAGAGGACAGUUCAGUCCGACGGGGAAGCAUUGAUAGUUUCGACGACACCGGCUGCACUUUAUCCUAUCCCAACAUGGAUGUUUGUUUGGAACAUGAAGCAAAAGCGCUUCAACAAGAUUUGAAGUGCCACAUCGAGAGAUGCUUGAGCGAGGCAAAGGCUUCUGUCCUCCAGUGCAAGGUGUUGCUCCUCCCCUGCCAGAUGACCACCAAAGUCGGUCGGGAUAUACUCCACACCUCCACAGAUGAGCCUUGCGGGCUGCGGGGCGCCUCCAUCAGGGUCUAUGUGGAGACCAAAGACGGCCUCAAGUCUCUGGGGGGCAUUUUCCCUGUCUCCAAUGUCACCCCCACAUUUGAACUCUCUAUCGUGUUCAAGGCAGACAAGAGUGAUUGCUGGCCACCCCUUAAGCGCAUAUUCGAGAGAAAUAAAGUGUUGAAGCUGAGGCCAGAGUACAAGCUGGUGAAACGGAAGCUGUACUCCUCUGCCAGCCCUGUUAUCCACGAGUUCAACUAGAGCCUCUGACCACACAGGCAGCCCAUGUCAAGGUGUGGAAAAUGGACAGAAUUUGAUAUCCUGAUAGCAAUACUGAAAAUUACAUUAAUAGCAAUUUUGGCUUGAUCAAUACCAUUAAACAGUAUCUGGCACUACUUCAAAUUUAACUCUUUAUGAGGUCGAGGAAAAUAUCGCUAGAUGGACAUUUUAUAUCGUACAAUACAUGUUGCACAAGUUCCAUGCUCUUUAUAAAGCUCAGGUUUUACAAAUUGACACUGACCAGAACCUGGUAUUCUGGUAUGUUCUAGUUCUAUGGGCAUAAGAAGUUUAAUAUUUUCAAUGUUAAAACAAGAGGUCAAUUUUGCUUGUCUGUCUGUUGGUAACGUGAGCGCAUAUUUGCACAGAUUGUUAUGUGUGUACACUGGAUGCGUCCCCUCUGGAAGGGGCAAGUUUCAUUCCUGUAUUGUGCUGUAUUUGUAUUUAUGAUUAAACAUUUUGUUCACAA